CCCUCGGCGCUGGAGUCAUGUGACUUACACAAUGGUUGAGAGUUCACCUGAGACGUCCAGGCAACUCGGAGUGGAAGUCAGGACUAUGACGGCCGCCGCUGGUUCGGCGGGCCGCAUCUUAGUGCCCCUGCUGCUGUGCGCCCUACUGGCGUCCAGCGGCGCCUACGUGCUCGACGACUCCGACGGGCUGGGCCGGGAGUUCGACGGCAUCGGCGCGGUCAGCGGCGGCGGGGCCACCUCCCGACUUCUAGUAAAUUACCCAGAGCCCUAUCGUUCUGAAAUACUGGAUUUUCUCUUUAAGCCAAACUUUGGUGCCUCUUUGCAUAUUCUAAAAGUUGAAAUAGGUGGUGACGGACAAACAACAGAUGGUACUGAACCUUCCCACAUGCACUAUGCACUAGAUGAGAAUUAUUUUCGAGGGUACGAAUGGUGGUUAAUGAAGGAAGCUAAGAAGAGGAACCCUCAUAUUAUACUUAUGGGGUUGCCAUGGUCAUUCCCUGGAUGGCUGGGAAAAGGUUUCAACUGGCCUUAUGUAAAUACUCACCUGACUGCCUACUAUGUUGUGAGCUGGAUUUUGGGAGCCAAGCAUUACCAUGAAUUGGACAUAGAUUAUAUUGGAAUUUGGAAUGAAAGGUCAUUUGAUACCAGUUAUAUAAAGGUAUUGAGGGAGAUGCUGGACUCUCAAGGUCUCCAGCGAGUGAAAAUCAUAGCAAGUGAUAAUCUGUGGGAGCCUAUUUCAUCAUCGAUGCUACGCGACCCUCAACUCUCGAAGGUGAUUGAUGUUAUUGGGGCUCAUUAUCCCGGCACCCGUGUAUCACAGCGUGCAAAGCUGACUGAGAAGAAACUUUGGUCUUCUGAAGAUUUUAGCACUUUAAAUAGUGACGAUGGUGCAGGCUGUUGGGGGCGCAUAUUAAAUCAGAAUUAUGUCAAUGGCAAUAUGACUUCCACGAUUGCUUGGAAUUUGGUGGCUAGUUAUUAUGAAGAGUUGCCUUUUGGGCGGUGUGGAUUGAUGACAGCCCAGGAGCCAUGGAGUGGGCAUUAUGUCGUGGAAUCUCCUAUCUGGGUAUCAGCUCAUACAACUCAGUUUAUGCAACCAGGUUGGUAUUACCUGAAGACAGUUGGCCAUUUACAGAAAGGAGGAAGCUAUGUAGCUCUGACUGAUGGCUUAGGUAACCUCACUGUCAUCGUUGAAACUAUGAGUCAUAAACAUUCCAAGUGUAUUCGACCAUUUCUUCCUUUUUACAAUGUGUCCGCACAAUUGGCUACCUUUGAUCUUAAGGGAUCUUUUGGUGAAAUACCAGUGCUACAGAUGUGGUAUACCAAACUCGGAAAACCAUCCGAGAGAGUUCUUUUUAAACAACUUGAUUCUCUAUGGCUCCUUGACAGCAAUGGCACCUUCACCCUGGAACUGCAAGAGGACGAGCUGUUUACACUCACUACCCUCACCACAGGUCGCAAAGGAAGCUACCCAAUGCCUCCCAAAUCCCAGCCUUUCCCACAUGUCUAUAAGGAUAAUUUCAAUGUUGAUUACCCAUUUUUUAGUGAAGCUCCGAAUUUUGCUGACCAGACUGGUGUAUUUGAGUAUUACAUGAACCUCGAAGACCCUGGAGAGCAUCGCUUCACUCUACGCCAGGUUCUCAAUCAGCGACCUAUUACUUGGGCUGCAGAUGCUUCCAGCCCGAUCAGCAUUCUAGGAGACUACCAGUGGACCAAUCUGACUAUCAGCUGCGAUGUUUACAUAGAAACCCCUGAGAAGGGAGGUGUAUUCAUUGCAGGGAGAGUAAGUAAAGGUGGUCUCUUGGUUAGAGUUGCCCGAGGAGUUUUCUUCUGGAUUUUUGCAAAUGGAUUGUAUAGAGUUACUGGUGAUCUAGGUGGAUGGAUCAUAUAUUCCUCAGGAUAUGUUGAAGUGACAGCAAAAAAAUGGUACACACUUACAUUAACAAUUGAGGGUAAUGUAUCCUCUGGCAAGUUGAAUGGCAAGGUUCUGUGGGAAAAUAUCCAUGUGAAAUACCCGAAGAAUGGCUGGGCUGCGAUUGGAACUCGCUCAUUCGAAUUUGCACAGUUUGACAACUUUCACGUGGAAGUCUCACACUAAUACAGCUUGUUCAGAACACUCCUGAUUUUCUUCCUUUUGGAUUUGGUUCAGAGCCAAUUUGUGUGUUAUGGAUUGCUAGAUGUGCCUUUGGAGGCUAAAAAUAAGGAAGAGUUUAUGGGGAGAAAGAUAUAUUUUUGCUUGAUCCUAAGAAAGAUUGUAUUAGAAAUAAUUCCAAAGGGAAUAUACAUUGUUAACAUCAUGCAAUAUGGCUCAUAAAAUUCAGACUCUUCACUGGUCCUGUUGGAGUUUUUUUGGAGUGUUCUCCAUGUGACCAAGUGAAUUCAUGUCCUCAUCAUAGGAUGAUGCUACCGUAGAGAAAGCUGAAGAAUAUGAAGUGUUGCUUUUGAAAACUACUUCAACAUGCUGUCCUUACACUCUAAUAUUUUUUUUAAUUUUUAAAAUGAUGGUUUUUGAAUGAUGAAUAGGAUGAUUUGAAAAAUGCUUCUUUAGUAAACUACCUCUAAUAU